AUGCCUGAGAAAAAUGACACUGUGCUGACUGAAUUCCUCCUUCUGGGAUUCUCUGACCUCAAGUCCUUUCAGGGGCCACUGUUCUGGGUGGUGCUUCUGGUCUACCUGGUCACCUUGCUGGGUAACUCCCUGAUCAUCAUCCUCACACAGGCCAUAUUGCAUUCCCCCAUGUACUUCUUCCUGCGCCACCUCUCCAUGGUGGAGAUCCUCUACACCACCACCAUUGUUCCCAGGACCCUAGCAGACCUGGCUUUGCCAUACCCCAGGGCAAUAUCCUUCCAGAGCUGUGUAGCCCAAAUGUAUGUCUUCAUUGUCCUGGGCAUCUCAGAGUGCUGUUUGCUCACAGCCAUGGCCUAUGACCGGUAUGCGGCCAUCUGCCGGCCCCUACAUUACUCCACUCUCAUGAGUAAACAAGCAUGCAUGGCCAUGGUGGCCACCUCCUGGCUCAUGGGCAUCAUCACAGCCACCACCCAUUCCUCUCUCAUCUUCACUCUGCCUUACCCCAACCACCCAGUCAUCCCACACUUCCUCUGUGACAUCCUGCCAGUAUUGAGGUUGGCAAGUGCUGGAAAGCACAGGAGUGAAAUCUCCGUGAUGACAGCCACUGUGGUCUUUAUAAUGAUCCCCUUCUCACUGAUUGUUACCUCCUAUGCCCGUAUUCUGGGUGCCAUCCUGGCUAUGGCUUCAACCCAGAGCCGCCGAAAGGUCUUCUCUACCUGCUCCUCCCACCUGCUUGUGGUCUCCCUCUUCUUUGGAACAGCCACUAUCACCUACAUCCAGCCCCAAGCAGGCUCCUCUGUCAUCAGAGAUAGAAUCCUCAGUCUCUUCUACACAGUCAUCACACCCAUGUUGAAUCCCAUCAUCUAUACCCUUCGAAACAAAGAGGUGACAGAAUCUUUGCAACACAUGAUGAAGAGACAGGUCCCUUCACUCUGA